AUGAUGGGAAGUUCGAUUUUAUAUGUCUUGGUUUGUAUUCUUUCCAUUUUUUUACAUCAAAUCAAUGGUCAACAAAUGCAACUUAUUGCUGGUCAUGUGUUAUAUAGACAUGGAGAUCGAACACCUGUAACAACAUUCCCAUUGGAUCCAGUAAAAGAAAAGGAUUGGCCAAAUGGUUAUGGUCAAUUAACGAUGGCUGGUAUUGAACAACAACAUCGUCUUGGCGGAUAUCUUCGUAAUCGUUAUGGAUCAUUAUUGAGUCCAAAUUAUACUACAAGUGAAAUUGUUAUUCGUUCUACAGAUGUUGAUCGAACAUUAAUGUCAGCACAAUCAAAUAUAGUCGGUCUUUAUCCAGUAUUUAAUAAGACAGAUGAUAAAGUUCCUAUACAACCAAUUCCAAUUCAUACUGUUUCGAUUAAUUUAGAUUUUUUACUUGGUCAAAAUGAUUGUCCACGAUAUGAUCAACUUGAAGAAGAAGUUAAUGAAAGCGAUGAUGUUAAAAAAAUGAAUCAAUAUUAUGAAUCAUUUUUUAAAAAUCUUCAAGAAUGGACAGGUCUUACAAAUAUCACAGUAUAUAAUGCUUGGGAUGUAGCUGAUACAAUUUUUGUUGAACAUAUUUAUAAUAAAGCUCCAGCAUGGGCAAAUGAUGCUGUUCGACAAAAUCUAUCGGAUGUUAAUGAUCAUGCAUUUCAUUUCCUUUUUGCUAAUAAUGAUACUCAACGAAUUCGAGGAGGUCCAUCGAUACAAGAUAUUUGGUUAAAUAUGAAUAAUUCAAUACAUAAGAAAUCUUUUAAAAAAGUUAAAGUGUAUUCAGCUCAUGAUACAACCGUCAGUGCUGUUCUUGCUUUUCUCGGUAUUAAUUAUCCUCAUCAACCACAAUACGCAUCAGCUUUAUUUAUUGAUCUUUAUCAAAGAAAUACAUCAUAUUUUGUUAAAGUUGAAUAUUUAAAUGUAACAGAUUCGAAUAUAUCUUAUCCAUAUAUAUUAAAUGGUUGUCCAGCAAUUGAAUGUCCAUUUGAUACAUUUACAAGUAUUUAUAAAAAUCGUUUUCCAGCUACUGCUGAUGUUGAAUGUGUGAAAAAGAUGCCACCCAUGCCGGAUGAUGAUAAUGGAAAAUUACUCAUAAUUAUUAUUAUAGUUCUUGUUGGCCUUAUUAUAAUCACAUUUCUAAUGUUUUUAUGUAUGCACUUACGAAAAUCAGAUCGUGAUCCACCUCUUCUAGGUAUCAAUCGUUCAUCACAAAUAACUUAA